UUUUUUUUUUUUUUUUUUUUUUUUCCCUCCCUCUAUUUUUUUUCUGUUUUUAGACCGGUGGCUCCCGCAGUCCCGCACCGAAGAGACCCCAAGCGGCCACAGCAAACCCAGUGGAAUCCGACGCCAUUCAUAGGACAGUGCCUUUACUCACCACCUUACUGCUCCUCACGUCUCGACGCCCUGAAAACCCGCACCCUCAACCUUACCUACACAUCCAAUUACACAACCUCUCUACCCAAAAGUCGACCACCUACAAACCACCGUCUUACGGUUGCACGGCAAUCGACUGCUCACAGAGCCUUUGCUGGCUGCAGAAGAAUGUCGACUCCAACAACUGCAACUGCGACUCACCCUCAAAGCCACUAUCACUACGGCGCUCCGUUCUCCCACCCGCAUCAGCACCAACAGUACCAUUCGACCUCGACCGGCCAGUACGUUUUGCCUGCCCCAGCAGCAACGACAAGGUUGCCGCCCAUAAAAAACCUUCACGCUCCUAAACCAGCCAGCGGUCACCCAAGCCCACAUGGGCCACCGGUGACCCUAUCGUCGGGAACAUCGGCCACACUGUCUACACCUCGCUCCGAAUACACAUCAACGGUGAUGCCCUCAACUACACAGACUGCUACAAUCACAAGACCUGAAGAAAUGGACGCCGCAGGCCCACGAAAAAGAAGGCGUUCAAAGGGUCCCGACUGGGAUAACUUUUACAAGAAUGGGUUACCUCGGGAGGUCAUCGUGAUUGACGACGACUCAGAACCUGAAGUCCUAUCACAGUCGACCGCCCCGGGCUCAGCACGCACAAUUAUCAAUGGCCACGCUACCCGUGCCAACGGCAAUGGCCACGCAUAUAUGAAUGGCGCACCCGCCAACUCCAGGAGUCAGCAUACCGCCAAAAGGAGACGGCGAGACGGCGAGCCAUCGGCUCACUACGACCCGGUUCAUAACCGAGUUGUGGGCUCGCAUACAAAUACUCCAGCGUCGACAAUAUCAAGCGAUCGUACAACCUCAGCUAUCGCUACUACGGCUCCGACUUCUCUAGGAUCUAGCUCCUCAAACGGACACUACGAAGAUGCAAACGCUGGCCAGAAGCGUAAGAGGACAACACGACAACAGGCAGGCCAGGCGAAGAGAAGAGAGGCUGCUCUGUACGGCGAUGCCGCCUACACUAACUACCAACCUCCUGCGAAACCCAUAAAGAAGGCCCCUGAGGUCAGCGUCAGAGUCGUGCACGAUCCCAAUCUGAAGAACCUCAAGGUUGACGACGAAGACGGACACUACAUUAUUGUACCCGACGCAGAACUCACAGAAGACUAUCAAAUGAUCAAACUACUAGGCCAAGGAACUUUCGGCAAGGUGGUUCAAGCAAGGGAUCGAAGGAGAAACGAACUCGUGGCCAUCAAGAUCAUCAGAUCGGUGCAGAAGUACCGAGAUGCCUCGAGGAUUGAGCUGCGGGUAUUGCAGACAUUGAAACUGAACGAUCAAGAGAAUCGGAAUCGAUGCAUCCAUCUCCGAGACACCUUCGAUUUCCGCGGCCACAUCUGCAUAGUCAUGGACCUGCUAGGCCAGAGCGUCUUUGACUUUUUGAAGAGCAACCAGUUUACGCCUUUUCCUAACAGUCAAAUUCAAAGCUUUGCUCGACAGCUGUUCACCAGUGUGGCUUUCCUUCAUGAUCUCAAUCUUAUACACACAGACCUGAAACCCGAGAACAUCUUGUUGGCUGAUGCCACUUACCAGACGUUCACGUACAACCGCAAAAUUCCAAGCUCAUCAACCACAGUUGGCAGGACUGCAACUCAGCGCAAAGUUCUUUUGGACACAGAGAUCAGGUUGAUUGACUUUGGGUCUGCCACAUUUCAGGACGAGUAUCACUCGUCAGUGGUGUCCACGAGGCAUUACAGAGCUCCUGAAAUCAUUUUGGGCCUUGGCUGGUCAUUCCCUUGCGACAUAUGGAGCAUAGGUUGCAUUCUCGUCGAGUUCUUCACCGGCGAUGCUUUGUUUCAGACGCACGAUAAUCUCGAGCAUCUGGCCAUGAUGGAGGCGGUUGUCGACCGCAAAAUCGACACACAUUUGGUGCAGCAGGUUCAUCGCAACACAAGAAGCGGACCGAACCCAGCGACCAAGUACUUCAAACGAUCUCGUCUCGACUUCCCGUCGGUUGAUACGCAACGAGCGUCGAAAAAAUAUGUGAAGGCUAUGAAGAAGCUUCCGGAUAUAAUUCCAUGUCAGAACACAUUUAUGAAGCAAUUCCUCGAUCUCUUGACCAAAAUCUUCGUAUACGACCCAGCCCGCCGUAUCACGGCUAAGGAAGCCCUGCAGCACCCAUGGUUUAGGGAGGUUGCACACCCAGAUGACGGUUCCGAAGCGGCCAGGAUCCGGGCAGAGAGAAUGAGCAAAAACGAACUCCACACGCGGCAAAGCGAGCGACAAGAUUGAGUAUCGAGAUAACACGAGGUUACGAACUUCAUCGAACCAGAUCGACAUGGCUACUCUUUUUCACCGUGGAGAUGAUUGCUCUGCAGACUAGGGCAACUUUGUUACGUUGUGUAUAGGGGAAGCACAUCGGGAGGCGAUGGAUCACUGUUGGCAAGCCCCUGAUAUUGCUUUGUUUUGUGCUUCUCUCGGUUGGAAGAUAAAGAACAACCCUCACUUUCAGACUUUUUUUUUGGCGGGUUUUCUUUGCUUAUUAGUGGACGUGCCUGAUAUGUGCCGCAAACGGUGGAGUUGAUUUGGGGACUGGUUUUCUUGUUCUUUUUUUCUUGGGAAUACAGUCUUGUUAACUAUGGAGUAAAGGUAAAUGGCAGGAGAAAUUGGGUUAUUCAUCAGCAAAGCGGCGGGAAUUCAUCCAACUGGGAUUCUCUUAGCUAUAGGCCAACAUUGUCAGCCAUGUCGAUACGAGAGUGAGCGUUCAUUCAGCGAAGGCAUAUACUACUUCAUCAUAAAC